AUGUCGUCUGCGCAAAUGGACCCACGCGACAAGAUGAGAUCACGUGAUUUGAGUAAAGUCACUAGAGGCCAGCAAGAGCCAAGACCAGCCCAUGAUCCUGGCACGGUGUCGCCGCCACCGCAGAACGAGGCCACGUUUCGAGCUAAGAGAGGAGAAGACGGCGGAGAUGGUGGAGGAGAGACGGAUUCGGCUGCGGACGAAGAGGUUCCCGUGACUAAUGAAACGCGACACUGCUUCAAUCGGUACAUGCAAUAUAACAAGUGUGUUGAGAUUAAGGGAAGAGAUGCGAAUGAUUGUAACAACUUGAGAGAUUAUGUACGUUCAAUGUGCCCUGAAAAUUUGGUUGAGAAAUGGGAGGAGCAGAGAAAGUCUGGGACAUUGCCAUCAUCAAUUUAA